AUGCCGACUCCGCCGGUGGGAUCGGAUGAGUGGAAGGCUCAAGACAAAGGGCCGGCCAUUAUUAUCAUUUGCUGGGUCGUCACCGCCAUCAGCACUUGUUUCGUUCUUGGUCGAGCCUACUUUUGCGGCUACAUCUCGACAGCGUUAUCGACAAUCGCGGUAUCCUACGGAAAUGGCAAGCACAUGACGCUGCUCUCUGUCGAGCAGCAACAGGGCGCCAUUCUCUGGACUACGGCCGCAUUCUGCCCCGGCAUCAUGUCCUUUGGCCUUCCGAAGCUAGCUGUCGUCUCUCUUUUGACGCGUCUUAUGAAUCCCGGAAAGUACCACAAGUGGUUUUUGUGGUGGAUGGCAAUAUGGUGCCAGUUGACGCUGUUUGUGACGGCUGGGCUUCUACUCGGGCGUUGCAUGCCGGCCAGGUCGCUGUGGGACUUCUCCAUCGAGGGCACAUGCUUCGAUGUUAGUAUUUUGGUGGCGUAUUGUAUUUACGCUGGAGCAUUUUCGGCGUUUGUCGACGUUUAUCUGGCUGUGUAUCCGGCUAUAGUGCUCUUCCGUCUUCAGAUGGCUACCAAGAAAAAAGUUGCCUUAUCUUGCGCGCUAGGGAUCGGUUCAAUCUCGGGUAUUGUCGCUAUUUACAAGACAACACGUAUCCCAUCUCUUGGAAGCAAAGACUUCUCAUAUGAUACCUCGGAUCUAGUUAUUUGGACAGUCGUCGAGGGCAGCACCAUCAUCAUUGCAAGCUCAAUUCCCGUUAUGCAACCGCUCCUGGAGCUCAUUCUGCGACGCAAUCCCUUCAGCUCUGCCAAAGGCUCUAAGCAGACUCCACAAUACUACGAGGACUACGGGUCCCAGAGCAAGUCCAAGUCGCGAGGCGGGGGCAAUAUCGAACUCGGCCAACGCAAGCCCAAGUCCAAGCCAAAGGACGACCUCGGUCUGACCAUUGUCGAGAGUGACAGCCAGGAGAACAUCCUCACGCCACCAAUAAACCAGAACCACCAGACAUCAGUGUCGUUGGGUGCCCCAACCUUUCGUUCAAACCGCAGCGACUCGAGCCAGCACUCUGCAGACGGUAAAAUUAUCCGAACAGAUUUGGUGAGCAUUACGUAUGAGGAGCAGGGGCAAGUUCACAAUACUUCUACGUCUAACGGAUGGAAGGCCGUUUGA